AUGGGCUGUGCAUCCAGCACUCCCAUGGUUGCAACGGCGGGCAGCGAAAUGCUGAAAGCCGCCACCCAUGUCAAGCAGAAGGGCGAGGCCGCCGUCGAAGACGCCUCUCAGACGCUGACCACCACUCUGGACACGGCCAAGGAGACUGUUGGCACAGCAGUGGCGGGUAUUACCAAUGAGCUGGGCAAUGCCUUCAAGGAGGGAACCCAGGCUCUGGACGAGGCCAAGCAUAAGGUGAUGGAGGGUCUUCACCUCGAACAGCCAUCACAGGAAUCCCAGGAGAAACCACCUGCUGAAGAUGGAGGGGCUGCGGCUGCGGUAGAUGUUGCUGAGAUGAGCUCAUCCCGGGCUCCAACACCCCAACUUAAAGCCGAUGCGGAUAGCCUGAAGACCUCCACACCAGAGCCGGAGAUUGAACGAGCUCUGGCCACCGAGGACGAGAGUCCACCAACGCCGAAACCCUCGCUGGAGGAGAUGGCACAACUAAGUGCCGAGGUUUCCCAGGCUCAGGAUCCGACUCCAACGGAGGCUUCUGUCAGUGAAACACCUGCAGUCCAGGCUCCGGCCACCGAAUCCUCCGCGCCCGUGGAGAGUCGCAAAAUACGUCGUCGAUUCGUCCAGAAGAAAAAACCAGAGAAGGAACAGGAACAGCCAAGACCCAACACCACCGAAUGGGAGAUUGCAGACCAACUGGCCAAAAGCAAAAAGUUCAAGCCAUAUGAGAGCUUCGCCCACAGUCACAACAAGUUCUCCGUGUACCAGGACCACAAGCUGAGGGACAAACCGAACCAUUACGAUGGUCACUUUAGUGGAGGCAACUCCCUGAGUGCCUCCCAGUCGGAUCUGUCCAGUGGCCAUGUGACGCCCGCUCCGGCAAGACGAGGUCAGGAAUUUGCCAAGUUUGUGGGCUCUGAGCAGCCGAUAAGUGUGUCACGGAAUAGUUCCCGGCUCUCGAAUCCCGCCGCUUCCAGGACCUUUGACUUUAAUCCACAACGUGAUCGCAUCAGUCUUCCAAUGGCCACCAGUCGCAUCGGUUCGGGAAUCCAGAGGUUACCAGCCGAGAGGACUUCCGGUUGGGGUCGUGGCAGACCGGCACCCUUGGAGGAAGAACCCAGCUUUGGCCGGAGGAUGAGCUUAGGUCUGGUAUCGCAGCCCCUACGGCCGGAUAGAGAGAAAUUCACGCCCUCUAUGCAUCGUAGAGUAAUGAAACCGAUUACUCCAACGAAGGAAAAGUCAUCAAAGAAGCAUCCUUCCAAGAAUAUCUCUUCCAGAGAGUCUUCCCUCUUAGAGUUUGACCCAAAGAGUCCUUUGAGAACUCAAAAGCCUUUGGCAAAAGAUAUCCUGCGAUCUAGAGAGCCAUCUUACACUGAGUUUAGUUCCAUUAAAGGAGAUAGAACUCCUUCAAGGGUUGAAAAAACUCUGGGAAAAAAUAUAGGACGAUCCAGAGAGCCCUCUUUUACUGAACUUCAAAACCACAGAAAUGAAAAAAAAAAAUCGUUAAGCAAGGACAUUAUUCGCUCCAGAGAGUCAUCUUAUUUGGAAUUUGAUUCAUUUAAAGUUGAAUUUGAUUCGUUCAAGACUCCCACCAAGCAAACAAAAUCUCCCAGCUUUAAGGAACCCAUAAAUAUAUCCCCAAAGCAACUACCUCAUAGAGAACUUAGUCCAAGUUCUGAAGUCAAAUCUUUAGAGUAUAAAGACCAGAAAAUAUCAUCUGUAACUGCAACACCUCAAAGGAACAAAGUCCCAGAAUCUGUUGCUUCCACCUCGAAAAUGCCUUCGCCAUCAACUUCGCGUAUUUCUAGCGCCAAAUCCUCGGACAGCAGCAACACAGAUGUGGUUAUCCAACCCAUGAGCAACCUUAACCAGGAUACGCCCAGUAUGAAGUCCUUCUCCCAGUCACCGGACCAAGUGGUGAUGGAGGGAUAUGUGGAUUCAGAGCUGGAGGCAGCACUAGCAAGGUUAGAGCUCCUGCGAGGAUCCACAGCCACAUUGCACUCCGUAAGGUCCUGCAGUCCUGGCCGUCAUACUUACACGGCUGCCUCCCUUCUCAGCUCCCGACGCACUUCACCCUGGGUAAUGCGAAAGGAUUAUGGUGGUUCCCUCAUUGGCAAGGAGAGUUCUCACAAGGUGGCACAGCCACCAUCCAUUCAUCAAACACUCGAACGCUGCGAUAUAUGCUCCAAUGAGUUUCUUUUAAAGUGA